AAUUCUCCCUUGAAGCGACUCGUUUAUCCAUCAACGUCGACCCAUCGCACAUUACGCCUAGGCAGUCAAAGCAACCUUCGAAUCCGACAAUAAAACCAACUCGCAAUCAUGGGUAAAGUUCACGGAUCUCUUGCCCGUGCCGGCAAGGUCAAGAGCCAGACUCCCAAGGUCGAACCCCAAGAGAAGAAGAAGACCCCCAAGGGACGCGCGAAGAAGAGAAUCACAUACACCCGACGAUUCGUUAACGUAACGAUGACUGGUGGCAAGAGGAAGGUAUGGAUGACAAGCUCGCAUCAAAACAUGACAAUCCAUACAGAUUGAUGCUCACAACUGAUCCAGAUGAACCCGAACCCAACUACA